ACACAGCGCAUCAAUUAUGCGCCUCAAUCGCUGCGCUACGCUGCCAGCGCAUUUAUGAUUAACGCACAUAAUUUUAAUUCUUUGUAAUUUUGCUGUUUUAUUAAUAGCAGAAAAUACAAAAUUACAAAUACACGCGGCCGCAUCGCUCGCAGCGAUUACAGUUAUCGAUAUCGUGAAAAGCUGUGGAUGAUACUGUUAUCGUAACCUGCAUCGUAUAAUCGCAAUUUAUAAGUGUACUAUAUAUCUUUUACGUUAUUUUUAUUGAUACAAGAUUUUAUAUCAAUUUUAUGAAGAUUAGUGAUAGAUAACGAGAAAUGAAUAUUUGGAAGAAACAGGGAGGCCUCUAUUGAAAAGUGAUUGAGAUAUUAUCCAUUUAUCAAAGAAAAGUUAUGUUCAUUGACUGAACAAAUUUAAUUUAUCAAAGAAAAUCUAAUUGUUAAUUAAAUUGUGUUUGAUAUAUUCAAUAUUAUGGCUCUCCAAUAUUCAGUAAAUACAGGCGAUAGCAAUUUAGAUACUAAGAUUAUUGAAUGGCUACAAUGGAAUAAGGAUCCAAAAGCAAAAGAUGAGAUCAUUGAAUACUUAAAUAAUGGACAUAUUAAAAUAUUAUCAAAAUUGUUUCUCAAAAGACUUGAAUUUGGGACUGCAGGUCUUAGAGGUCGUAUGGGACCUGGUUAUAGCCAAAUGAAUGACUUAGUCAUUGUGCAGACUGGUCAAGGAUUAACAAAAUAUUUAAUUGAUACCAUAUUUGAUGUAUCACAGAAAGGUAUCGUUAUAGGAUAUGAUGGACGUUAUAAUAGUAAAAGAUUUGCUGAAUUAACUGCUGCAAUUUUCAUAGCCAAUGGUAUUAAAGUUUAUUUGUUUUCCAAAAUCUGCCCUACACCAUUUAUACCUUAUACCAUAUUGAAGUACAAAUGUGCAGCUGGAAUCAUGGUCACUGCGUCUCAUAAUCCAAAAGAUGACAAUGGAUAUAAAGUCUAUUGGCAAAAUGGAGCGCAGAUUAUUUCACCUCAUGAUAAAAAGAUACAAAGUUAUAUUCUUAACAAUCUUGAACCACUUGAAUCCUCAUGGAAUGUGGAUGAAAUCUAUAGUAGCUCUUAUUAUGAAGAUCCAAGAGAGGAUAUUAUGCAGCUUUAUUACCAAGAUCUAAAGGAAACGGUUCUAUAUCCUGAAGUUAACAGAGAUACCACGUUGAAGUUUACAUACACUGCCAUGCAUGGUGUUGGAUAUGAGUAUAUGAGUGCUGCAUUUGAGGCAGCAAAUUUGAAGCCAUUUAUAACAGUAGAGGAACAGAAAUUGCCAGAUCCAGAAUUUCCAACAGUGAAGUUCCCAAAUCCGGAAGAAGGAAAAAGCGCUCUCAAUCUUAGUAUAAAAUUAGCAAAUGAAAGCAAUUCGUCUAUAAUACUUGCUAAUGAUCCAGAUGCUGACAGACUUGCAUGCGCGAUGAAAACAAAAAGUGGAGACUGGCAUGUCUUUUCUGGAAAUGAACUCGGUGCAUUAUUAGGUUGGUGGAUGAUCCACACUUAUCAAGUUUUGCAUCCUGAUGUUGAUAUGAGUGAUGCAUAUAUGUUAGCAUCGACUGUUUCCAGCAAAAUCCUAGCUUCAAUGGCCAAGAAAAAAGGUUUCAAUUUUGAGGAAACUUUAACUGGCUUUAAAUGGAUGGGAAACAAAGCUAUUGAAUUGAUGGAGGAAAAUAAGGAUAUCUUAUUUGCAUAUGAAGAAGCUAUAGGUUUUAUGUGUGGUUCCAAAGUCUUAGAUAAAGAUGGUAUUAGUGCUGGUGUACGCGUGGCUGAAUUAGCAGCUUAUCUUGAAACAAUAAACUUGACCUUAUUAGAAAAAUUACAGGAAAUAUAUCAAGAAUAUGGUCAUCAUGUUAGUGACAAUUCUUAUUGGAUAUGUCAUGAUUCAGACGUUAUUAAGGCGAUAUUUGAACGACUGAGGAAUUAUUCUAGCAAACCAGAUACAUAUCCAACCGGAAUUCUGGAACGAAAAUAUAUAAUAACUGGUGUUCGGGAUUUGACAACAGGAUACGACAAUACAAAACCUGACAAUAAAGCAACUCUUCCUAUAUCAAAAUCUAGCCAAAUGAUUACAUUUACAUUUAAAAAUGGAUUAGUCACUACUUUAAGAACUAGCGGUACGGAGCCUAAAAUAAAAUACUAUAAUGAAUUAUGCGGAGCACCUGGAGAAGACUUAACUAAAUUGAAGAGCACUCUCAAGGAAAUGGUAUCAGCUAUUGUAACAGAAUUCCUUCAACCUGAAAUUAAUGGACUUAUUGCGCGUGAAGAAUAAAUUAUGAUAAUAACUAUCACAUUAUGUAUAUGUUAUAAUAAGGAUUUUAAUUUGAAUGUUUAAAAUGCAAUGUCAUAAGUAGGUUAUAUAAGCUAAUUCUAUGAAUGCUGUAAAAUUGCUUCAAAUAUGUUCAACACAUAAUUUUACUGAAAUCUUGUAUGUUAUUAUUGCAUUAUGAGUUUAUAACAUAUUUGAGAUGCAAUAAUUUAAUUCCACUAAGAAAUAGAGGUUUUGUCAUAAUUUUCAAAAUGGCUGUGUACUAUUUUAUAUUAUUGUUAAAAUUGUU